GAGGGCGGGGGGUACGAACGGGAACCUGCCGGCGGUGCUGCCGGAGGGCGCUUCCUUAGCUGGGGAGAGGACUGCCGCGGGUGAAGGGGCUCCUCCGGCGGCGAGAGGGCGCGGGCCGGCGGCUGAGGAGGCGGAGGGCGAGGCGAGCCCGCGGGCGGAGCCGCGUUGUUCGUGCAGGUCCUUUGUGAGACGGUGUCAAUGGGAAUUUAGCAGUGAGCUGCAGACCGUCUGCCUCCAGCGUGGCCCUGGGGAGCUGCACUGCUGCUGAGAGGAGCCCAGGACUCUGCAGGCUGUGCUCCAAUUCCCUCGCGCAGUGCUCCAGCAGCACUUGAAGCAAGAGAGAUACAGACAGGGCAACAGAGGCAGCGAGAGGAAGAAUUUACUCAGUGAGUGUUGACGUGUUCAGCUUAUGCGUGUUGUGUCACUUGAGAUCCGAGCUGACAGCGACUUGAGAUUUCUUUCAAACGUGGAGUUCUGGUGUGAAAUACUAGUUUUAAUUAAAAUGUCUGUGUUCUCCUAACUGUGUUGGCGUCUCAAGCAUAAAUACAUUCUAAUUUGGGCUCCAGCUUGUGCGUGACUUUAUCUUUUUUUUUUUUUCCUUACUCCAAAGGGAAGACGCUGCCAAAUGUAAAAUGUAUUCCUUGAGCUUGUAUAUUGUUUUGCUGUGGGUGUCACAUCCUGAUCAAGCUCUCAUGUUUAAUUUAAAUACGCAAGCCUCAUCCUGAGACAUGGUUAGUCACAGUGUGUGCUGGAAAUCUUAAAAUCUGUAGGGUUUUCCCCCUUCUGAAGUUAAAGUUGUGGCAUAAAAUGCUGUUCAGGUCGUUAAUGGAGCGGUCCUGAUUGGCUGGUGGCUGGAAAGCAGUAAAAUGAGUUAUUGCUUCUGCAGUUUUGCGAGUGGAGACCGAUGAGCAGUCCAAAUCCCUGCUUAACAUCGCUGUCCCGAUUGGAAAUACUGCACUUAAUUUGUUCUUUAAAAAAAGCUGUAUGCUUUUUUUCGUAGUAUUAUAAAUAAUGAGUAAGGAUGCUUAGUGCUGUCGUUGGUUGCAAACCUAAACGAACAAGUAGAUAUCUAGCAUUGCCUUAAUGGCUUGAUUUCCAGCCCUCCUCCUUCAGACAGAUGUUCUUUAAUAUUUUGCUGGCAGAAAAAGAACCCAGCAGGAUGUGAACAAGUGGCUCUGGGACUCGGAGCAAAACGUAAAUUGAGUAAAUAGAAGUCUGAUGUGUUUGGGAGUUUGAAAGCAAUUUGUUCAUCUGUUUUCACGCAUCCAAAACUAGUUCAGCGAUGUGUACGUAAAGUUCAAAUGGUGUGUGUGUGUCUCUCACAGAAAUAUAAUGAAAUGAAUUAACUUGCUGACGAUUUGAGAGCGAAUAGAUCUAGUGACCUAGUUCUACUGGAACAGCUGCAGGACAUAUGUUCUAGUUUGUUACAUUCGGUAGUGGCUGGGAGUGACUGCCCAUAAAUGCAACAGUGUUGUUGAUUACUAUCUUAAUUUAUGGCAGGAGUGGAAAUGCAGCCCAUGUUGAGCUUUUGUAAAGAGGAGGAUCAGGCUCUUAGCAGUGGCUAGUUUCCCAAAUGUUUUCUUGUUUAGCACAACUUGUUCCUGAACUUAAGUGUUUUUCUAGAUACCAAUAAUAUACUUGUUUAAACAAAUGCCUUGUUCAUCUCUAUUUCUCUCGUGCUUACAGAUAUAACAACAAUGAUCAGGUAUUGACAAAAAAAUCUGUGUGCAGUUACCAAAACAACGAAGACUUCAUCAGCUAAUGUCUUUACCGACUGUGAUGAUUCUCCCCAGAGGAGAAGCAGCAAUAUGUAAUUUUUGAGGAGAGGCAAUAAAGCAAGCUCUGUGAGCGUGCUUGUUUAAACUACGUAUAUCCACAUGCACAUCCUCAAGGCUGACUUAAUGGCAGACUCUGCUGGACUGCUGUGACAAACCCUGAAGUUAUACUGCUAGUGCAGUAGGAGAGUAUAUACAAUACCCUGUUUUUAAAAGGUGAAAUGCACAAAUUAUAGUUGUACCCACGUAAUCUGAAGCAGAAUUAUUCAUAGCAUUUGUAUAAGUACUCAUAUACUGUCAUGCACAAGUGGAAGGCUCUCUAUCUAACUAGGUAAAUGCAGUGCCUGCCUCAGCGGCCCUUUGCUGGGUCACAGGUAGCUUCUGUUCAGUUGAAAUGUGCUGAGGAAGAGAAUGUUCCCUUCAAAGCUGUGAGCAAGGUGUUCUUGGCUUCUGGAGCUACGUGCUGCGCUGUAGAAAGCUUCUCCUUUCAUCUUCUGAGAUGAAUUCACCUUUUUUUGUUAAAGCAGGUGUUGGUGUGAGGCGUCUUGUCACCGCAGGAACUGCUUAAAAAAGUAACAUCUGUGCUUCGGGGCACUGAUUUGGGAACCAUAUCUCCAUCCUUGUUAUGCUUAAACAGAAAAGGAUCUGUGGCAGUGCGAGCUCUUCCUGCUCUGUCCAAAUCCUCAUUAGCCAUACAAAUUACUUGUAGCAGUAACACUGGAGUGUGGCUUUCAGGAUUGUCAGCCCUUAGUCUUGGAGCUUUUAGCUGAUAACAGAGGGUAGUAAUAAGUUCUCCCACUAAGCUGAACUAAUUUUGUUUUGAAGUUGAGGCAGCAGGUUCUGUGCACACGCUUUUUUUCAGAAAGCAGAGCAGAAGUUAAUCGUAGGAACCACUCAGUGAUUUUGUUUUGCAGAGAAGCAGCUUGCCAAGGGUUGUGAUAUGUGUUUUAGAGUAAUUUGAAAUUCAUUCACUGGAGUUUUAUUUAGCAAAAAUAGUUUGGGAAAUGACUCACUGGAGAGCUUUUCCCUACAGCCGAAGGCUUUCUUUCCUCAUGUUACGCUCUAGCUAGAGGAGCUCGUCUGCUUUCAUGUUUUAUUUAUAAUAGGAAAGACUCUUUCUGAAGCCACCAGGCUGCAGGUAGGCUGGCUGUGAGGUUUGGGUGUGGCUUCCCAUACUGAUUGAGCAAAAACCAGGCAGAUACUGUAGCACCAACAGAGGAAGUGUCUGAACAAUGCAGAUGGAGCGUGACGUAGGGCUUAGCGGUUCAGCCAAACAAUCCCACCGAAGAAGUGUGGACUUUGCUUAGAUGCUGGGUGUGGAACAGUCUCUGCAUGGCCCAGUUUGGAGCAGACUGAUAAGGCUCCUUGUUUCUUAGCAACCGCGGUCUGCCAUAGCCAGGAACCUGCCCUUCUGCAGCUGGAGGGAAAAUUCUGAAUGUCUCAAAUCUGUGUCUUGAACCAAGACUUCUGUCUUUCCUGGGCAUGGAGGUGCCGUAUGUCCUUCUCUUAACCAGACUCGUAGCAGAAGUUGCCAGCAAAUCUACUGAAAGUUCGGUUUCAGAAACAGAAUGUUGUGUGGAUAUGUUGGAGUCAAACAGUUCCUGCCCGGUAGCCAACCAGUGCAGCCCAGGUUGUUACAGACGAUGGAACGAGGAUGGGAGUAGCAGCUGCAUUAAGUGCAAAAAUGAAACUCUUCCCGUUGCUUCUGUUUACAAUCUGACUGAUUGCAGAAACACAGGUAUCAGAGGGAUGAAUUUCCAAAUGAAUAUAAGCACUGUAACUCCUUUCAUACAGAACAUAGGGGGUCCAGAAGUAGCAGCUUCUCUCAUCUUAGGGACGUUUUUCAUCAGCUUAUUCCUGAUUCUGUCUGUCGCUUCUUUCUUCUACCUCAAACGUGCCAAUAAACUUCCUAAUGUUUUCUACAGAAGGAACAAAGCAUCUGUUCUCCAGCCUAGUGAAACAGCAUCCAUGAUACCUCCCCCAGCUACUUCAGUUCGGAAGCCGCGAUACGUCAGACGAGAACGGUCACUAGUGACAUCUGCCUCUGCCGCUAUGAUCUCAUCUUCCGAAACCAGGGUCAGCAAUGUUUAGCCUUCAUUCCUGACUGAGGACUCUGUAACUGUACGCAGUGUCGAAGAAACUUUUUCUGAACCCACUGAAGUGCCAGGCAACGGGCGGCUGACCUAAAUGGAAGCCAGAUUACUGUGUCAAAGAGCUUGUGCCAAAUGUUAACGGAGAAAUGAACUCGUGAAAAGAUGCUGAUGGCAGACUACAUCCAGUUCUGUGAACUGCUUUGGUGAUCUCGAAAUGCACUAUUCCAGCUCUGUGGUUUCGUUUGUCUCCCACAGAGGCAGCGUUUAAUCUUGAAAGAAUCUGUCCUUCUUUGGUACGCUUUCUGUUUUGGCAAGUUCUUCCUCUGUGUGUUGUGAUGUGUUCUGUGUCCCCGGAGCGAAACGUCUCGGUGCUGCAGGCCAACACAAAAUACUAGGGGAAACCAAGGAUACGGAGUUGUUUGAAGGACCCAUUUGUAACAGCAAACACUAAGUGCCACUGCUUUAAUGUCAUAGGACAAUGUAACGAUACUCAAAGUGUAAUAUUAAAAAACAAACACAAAAACACCUUCUGAAACAUCCCCCUGCAGUAGCUGACCCUGGUUUUUAACUCCAAUCACAGACCCGCCAUUCAGAUGCUGUUAGUACUUUUGAAAAUUGGCUGGUAGGGGUUGGAUCCCAACAGAUUUGUACGCUUUGGAAGCUUUUCAGCUAGCUUCAGCUCAGUCCUUGAAUGAGGAACCGUUUGCUUUGGCUUUGGAGCUGGCAUGCUGCUCCAGUCUCUACUAUCUCCCUUCCUCGUACACAAGCAGUUGAAAAGAAACCAAAACUCCUGCAGGGUAUCUGUGCAUCUGUUAGACGUGCCAGUGAGCGCCAAGAUGAGCUUGAGAGGUCAGGUGAAUUUCUGUCGAUGCAAUAAAGGGUUUCUUUUGUCAAGCCUUUCAUUAGCGUGCCUGGCUCGUGCAGGCCAGCGCCUUAGGGCAGAGUCCUUGCUGAAAGCACCAGCCUAAGUGGCCCCCAGGCUCAGAUGCCUGCUCUUGUCCAUCUAAUGCCAGCCAAGUAGUCACUCAGGAAAUUGAAGUAGCUGUAAAAGCUUCCUAGGCUAGGCUAGGCUACCUUUCGUCAAAUUGGUUCCUGGCAUGGCUGGCUGUUGCCAUGUCAACGUUUAAAUUGGCACGAUGGGCACAACGGUACGGGCGUGAGAGUGGGUGACAGGGAAAUGACUGGAAAACUUGAGGUUGCUAAAUUGGUCGAAGCGUCACCGUCACCAUAUGUGAAAUUAUUUCUCAGCAGCUUGUGCAUUCCCACCUACCUGUGUUGCCAUUGCCUGUCUCAGUUUAGCUGGAGCUCAGUUACGGGUCUGUAUUCCUAAAAUAAAUUACUUUGAAGCUUUUUCUCAUCAGCCACUGCCACGAACAUAAUGGUCGGGAACUGGAACAGUCAGUUCUCUUUGGAAAAGGGGGACGUAACUGCCAUAAGCUGAUGCCAUCCCCAUACGGAGAGCGCGGACCUUUCUAUUUGGAUUCCUUUUCUCCAAGGUUAAAAGCUUAUCCAAAGCGAUAGGAGCAGAGCUGGGCUGGGCAGGGGUACCUUACUGAAUAGGCCUCUUUUUAUACGAGUUUCAGUGCAGUUGUAGGUACUCUCAUCUCUCUCCUUACGAGGUAAACGAGAUCUCUUGUAGCAUCCGAACAAGCUAGGGCAAAUUCUGAUGAAGAACACCCCUGAAGAAGCACCCCAGCCACAAGUGAGGGGAAAAACAGAACCAAAAAAAAACCCCACACCACCCUUGAGGUGCUGUACGGAGCAACAUCAGACCGUCUUUCUGUCAAAAGGAUCUCAAAAGCUUUUGUUCUAGCAGACAAAAAUAACAGCAGGCAAUGGCAUUUGAGACCCUUCAGCUUUCAAUAUGAAACGCACUUACAGUUCUUACGUUCCCUGUUCAGGAAGUGGCAGUUCUGGCUGUGAUUUCCAUGUCUUUUCAUGUUUGUGCCGCUGUGACUUGUGUUUUUUCCCCCACAGUAAGAAAUGGCUGGGAGGUUAUAGGUUUUGCCUGACCUCGGUUGCUGAAUGUUUUCUUAACCUUUUGAGGAAAAGGAGUAACUAUGCAAAUAACGCAAAGAAACGGCACCUUCUGAUAGCAGGGAGUUUCUGCUUGCAAAUCUGUCCGUGAUAACGCAUCCGUGUAUUGCUUAGUUGCAAGAUGUGUUCUUUCUGCACAGGAAUUAUUGAAGGAUCGUUCACAUCGCAGCGUUGUCUUAUCCCCAAGUGCACAUCGUGACUUCGGUUGCGUCUAACCUCUGUGCCGUCGAGCCCUUCCUCAACCACAGCAUCUCUUCUCCUUUCCGUGCCGCUUUCCCCCCAGCACACUCUUCAAGUGCAGUGAAUCCGUGUUCCAGUCUUUUUAUUUCUCUUUCAGGAUCUUUCCACCUUCUGUGAUUGCUCUCUGACGCUGUGGGCUCCCGCUCUAAAUGGUCCUUUAUUCGUUUGCACUGUCAGUUUAAGCAUAGAAUGUGUUUUGGUUUCAGUCUCUCUCCGCCAUAACACCAGAUGUAAAAUAUAAAACUGGCUUUAACAAACCUUGAUAUUUAAUGUAUUGGUGUAUUUUUUUAAUUGUGCCAAAAUAAACGUCUCUGAGCUUUU